CUCUUGCGUUUUGAACUAAAGGACACCUGUUCACGUACCUGCCACCUCAAGCUGAAAAAUGAGAUCUUAGAUAGUGGGAAUGCCACCACGUGAACAACCACAAACCACCAUCACUUUAAUGGCAAAAAUUUUACACCAAAACCACCAUCAACCUUCCGGGAAAUUUUAUCUCCGAUUACGGCCAAGGCUUGUGAAACGCCACCACCUUAGCAAUCAGCUUUCCAGGUGCCCCCCGCCUCUUUUUUCUUUCAUAGAUCCCAAAACCCUCAAAAUCAAAGGACCCAUUGAAACGAUGGCCGCUCCUUUGACAACAUCUUGGGCGGGCUCCGUGAACAUGGUGGGACUCUUAUUCAUGUUGAUCGUUUUAGGCUUUUUUUGCACAGAAUCAAGGCUAGUUUCUGGCGAUCUCGGCACAGCAAAUUCUUACGGUCCUCCUUAUAUGCCAACAAGAUGCUUUGGGAGUAGGCCAGACCAGUUCCCUCCGAUGUACCUUUUUGUGGCGGUGAGUGAAGGGUUGUGGGACGGUGGUUCUGCGUGUGGAAGGCUCUAUAAAAUUAGGUGCCUGAGUGGACCUAAUAUGCCCUGCAAGGAUGGUGCUACUGUGGAGGUGAAGGUGGUGGAUCUUUGCCGUCAAUCUCCUUGCCCUUCUACUAUAGCCAUGUCAACCUAUGCUUUUGCAGCCAUCUCAAACUCAUCUUCUACACGAAUCAACAUCGAAUAUGUCCAGAUAUGAAAUCAGCUGAACCCGAUCUAUGCUGAUCACAUACAGCUGAGGAUAUUUCGCAAAGAACUCUCUCCAGCGGCCAACGCUUCUAAAUCUUAAAACUUAGCUCUCAGCCUUCAACUGUAUUAUUUAAUAAUGGUCGAUAAUACUUUCAACUGUAUUAUCUCAUACUUCAACUGUAUUAAAUAGGAUGUUUUUUCGUAUGUUUAAUCUUUAUUGUUGCCUUGUUGGUACUGAAAUCUAUUAAAAUUGAAGUGGUUUUUCUAGAAUGACUUCCCACAUA